ACUAGGUGUGUACACUUGCUAUUUCUGUCGAAAUUAAACAGUAGCACUCUAAUACACGCGUCUUAUUCUGGAGACAUUUAACAAGCACUAACCACAAUGCCGCGCAACGACGACCAAAUUUUAAAUCGCAGUAACAUCCCCAAGGGUAGAGACUACAAGGUUGCCAUCAUCUGUGGUGACCAUAAACGUUUCGAAAUUUUCAAGGAACACUCUACUGGAUACCGUGACUUUGGUACAUACCUCUGCUGGAAAGGAGCGGAGUUAUUCUACGAUGGCGAGUACAUCCUUCUAGCUUCCCACGGAGUGGGUAGCCACCCUACUUAUGUGGUAGUCAGGGAGUUAAUUGAAUUAGGUGUGAAGUGUAUCAUCCGCAGUGGUACCUGUGGUACAUACCGUCCUGAUAUACGUAGCACUGGCGAUAUCUGUAUUUGCUACGGUGCUAUCAGGAAUGACAGCUCAUGCUUGGGUGAUGCUGACCUGGCGUACCCUGCCGUAGCUCACCCAAAUGUUUUCGAGGCCCUUAGGGACGCCAGCGAGGCACUAGGUAUCCCAACUCACCUGGGUAUGUCGUACUCUAGUGACUUGUUCUACCGCCGAGAUAUCACCAACGACCCAAGGGACACAUAUGCCAAAUACAAGGAAGUAGUUAUCGAGGAUACAGACAACUCUGCGGUACUGCUGCUGUGCAACUUGUACGGUGUUUGGGGUGGCGCUUUGUGCACCAUUGACGGCUGCCCCCUGGAAUGGGACAAGGGCAACUACCAACCACAUACCGAGAAGAUGCAGCAUGGCAAGACCAAUAUGGUAAAGCUGGCCAUGCACGCAGCUGCUAACCUUAGCCGCCAACUCAAGGCUUAAGAGUGACUAUUGCUUAUAUUGGCGUAUAGGUCCACCAUAACACUGUUGGCUUUAUGUAUUGGUCCUGCUUACGUUGGCCACUUCAGUGCUCUGUAUGGACUAUCACACCGCUCUUUAAAACAAAC